UUCAUCAACACUUCUUUCCAGGAGUGCACAGAAUUCUCGGGUUCGACGCUACCCGACUGUCUCUCACUGGCGUUGAAGACUUCGGGGCCAAAAUGGCGGCAGGGACGGGCAAACACAAGCUGCUAAGUACAGGUCCCACAGAGCCAUGGUCCAUUCGAGAGAAGCUGUGUUUAGCAUCUUCUGUCAUGAGGAGUGGAGAUCAAAACUGGGUAUCAGUUAGCAGAGCGAUCAAGCCCUUUGCAGAACCUGGCCGUCCUCCAGAUUGGUUCUCUCAAAAACAUUGUGCUUCUCAAUACUCAGAGCUCCUAGAGACCACUGAAACCCAAAGUGAACGGAAACGGGUGAGAAAGGAGAAGUGGUAGAAAACUGUUGAAGAUGUUAUUGUUCGGAAACUGACUGCUGAAAGAGUUGAGGAAUUAAAGAGAGUGAUAAAGGAAACCCAGGAGAGAUAUAGACGGCUGAAAAGAGAUGCAGAACUAAUUCAAGCUGGACACAUGGACAGCAGACUGGAUGAACUUUGCAAUGAUAUUGCAAUGAAAAAGAAAUUAGAGGAAGAGGAGGCUGAAGUAAAGAGGAAGGCUACAGAUGCUGCAUAUCAAGCUCGUCAAGCAGUAAAAACACCCCCUCGGAGGUUACCCACUGUGAUGGUCCGCUCUCCUAUAGAUUCUGCCUCCCCAGGAGGUGAUUAUCCACUUGGGGACUUGACUCCAACCACUAUGGAAGAGGGAACCUCUGGGGUAACCCCUGGGACUUUGCCGAGUACCCCAGUCACCUCGUUUCCUGGGAUUCCUGACACCCUUCCUCCAGGCUCUGCACCCUUAGAAGCCCCCAUGACCCCAGUAACAGAUGAUUCACCCCAGAAAAAGAUGCUUGGACAGAAAGCAACUCCACCCCCCUCCCCUCUGCUGUCAGAGCUCUUGAAGAAGGGCAGCCUCCUGCCUACUAGCCCCAGACUGGUCAAUGAGAGUGAAAUGGCUGUGGCUUCUAGCCACCUGAACAAUACGGGUGUCCUUCUGGAGGUAGGCGGGGUCCUUCCCAUGAUACAUGGUGGGGAAAUACAGCAAACACCCAAUACUGUUGCAGCUCUCUCUGCUGCCUCAGGUGCACCCACUCUUUCCCGGCUUUUAGAAGCUGGUCCUACACAGUUCACAACACCUCUUGCUUCCUUCACUACUGUUGCCAGUGAGCUCCAGUUAAACUUGUGCCACCCUGUAGAGUCUGUGUCCCAGGCUACCAUUGUCAUGAUGCCUGCGCUGCCAGCACCAUCCUCUGCUCCGGCUGUCUCCACUCCUGAAAGUGUAGCUCCAGUGAGUCAGCCUGACACCUGUGCUCCCAUGGAGGCUGUGGGGGACCCACAUACUGUGACUGUUUCCAUGGAUAGCAGUGAAAUCUCCAUGAUCAUUAAUUCUAUCAAAGAAGAGUGUUUCCGAUCAGGGGUAGCAGAGGCUCCUGGUGGAUCAAAGGCUCCAAGCAUAGAUGGAAAGGAAGAUUUAGACCUGGCUGAGAAGAUGGAUAUUGCUGUGUCUUACACAGGUGAAGAGUUAGAUUUUGAGACAGUUGGAGACAUCAUUGCCAUCAUUGAGGACAAGGUAGAUGAUCACCCAGAAGUGCUAGAUGUGGCAGCUGUGGAAGCAGCACUGUCUUUCUGUGAAGAGAAUGAUGAUCCCCAGUCCUUGCCUGGCCCCUGGGAGCACCCAAUUCAGCAGGAACGAGACAAGCCAGUACCUAUUCCUGCACCAGAGAUGACAGUCAAGCAAGAGAGGCUGGACUUUGAGGAAACAGAAAACAAAGGGAUCCAUGAACUGGUAGACAUCAGGGAGUCGGGUGUUGAGAUCAAGGUGGAACCUGCAGAACCAGAGCCAGGCAUUUCAGGGGCCGAAAUAGUAGCUGCAAUUGGUUCAGCCACAAGUAUGGAGCCACCGGAACUCAGGAGUCAAGACUUAGAUGAAGAACCCAGAAGUGCUUGCAACUGGAGAGAUUUCUGAGCAGACUGUUCCAUGAAAGGUCAUGAUGAGAUGCCACUUACAGCUGUGAAGACGGAGGUAUUAAGAUCAGGGACUGGGAAGGAUGGAGGUAUGUUGUCUCCAUCACAUGGCUCAAAUCUAUUUGAAGACCCUUUAGCAGAGACUCAGCACAAAUUUGAAAUGGUCAGAGUUCCUCUCAAGAGCAAGGGGAAAGAAGGAACGCCUCUUAGCUUAGUAUUAAGAUGCCCAGGUGAGGAUGAGGAAGAAGAUGGAGUCAGUGAAGCGGCCAGCCUAGAGGAACCUAAGGAAGAAGAUCAAGGAGAAGGCUAUUUGUCAGAAAUGGAUAAUGAACCCCCUGUGAGCGAGAGUGAUGAUGGUUUUAGCAUACACAAUGCUACGCUACAGUCACAUACACUGGCAGACUCCAUCCCCAGCAGCCCGGCUUCUUCUCAGUUCUCUGUCUGUAGUGAAGAUCAAGAAGCUAUUCAAGCCCAGAAAAUCUGGAAGAAAGCCAUAAUGCUUGUAUGGAGAGCUGCAGCUAAUCAUAGGUGAGUAUGCCAAUGUUUCCUGCAGCCUGUUACAGAUGACAUAGCACCUGGCUACCACAGUAUGCCUAUGGAUUUGUCAACUAUUAAGAAAAACAUUGAAAAUGGGCUGAUCCGCAGCACAGCUGAAUUUCAGCGUGACAUUAUGCUGAUGUUUCAGAAUGCUGUAAUGUAUAAUAGCUCAGACCAUGACGUGUAUCACAUGGCAGUAGAGAUGCAGCGAGAUGUCUUGGAGCAGAUCCAGCAAUUCUUGGCCACGCAGUUGAUUAUGCAAACAUCUGAGUCUGGAAUCAGUGCUAAAAGUCUUCGAGGGAGAGAUUCUACCCGUAAACAGGAUGCUUCAGAGAAGGACAGUGUCCCCAUGGGCUCUCCUGCCUUCCUUCUCUCUCUCUUUGAUGGGGGAACCAGGGGACGCCGUUGUGCCAUUGAAGCAGAUAUGAAGAUGAAAAAGUGAAGCUUCAUAGAGUACCUGCUUUGAGCUGAACCUGAAAUAGAAGUAAACAAGAUAGAGCUUGGGCUUAUGGGCCCAGUUCCACACUUGAUCUUAGCCAAAAGUCCAAGAAGUGAUGUGAGCCCAGUUACGGAAGCAGGAGUUAAAGAAGCAGAGACAUCUGGGCCAAAUGCCGUGAGCUGAGAAAGUCUCUCUCAGAGAGUUGGAGUAACACAGUUGCCUGUUUUAGGGCAAAAAUCAUGGGCCUGUGUUAAUGCCCUAAUUUGUAGCUAGCAGAUUGUAACAAGGUUGUACUGUCUUGUGAAGUGUACAGACUUUUUAUAAAAAAUAAUAAUAAUAAUAAACCUGUGAAGUGUGUGCAUAUACAAUAAACUGAA